CGUCCCAUCUCGCCGAAACCCUAGCUCCGCCGCCGAUGGGGAAGGGCCGCCCCCUCCCGGCCACCACCACCUCCCCCUCCCCCUCCCCCUCCGGCUGCGCCUCCGCCCCGGACACGGGAUACGCCUCCGUCCCGGAGGCCCCCGUCUUCCGCCCGACGGAGGAGGAGUUCGCGGACCCGCUGGCCUACGUCGCGCGCAUCCGCCCGGCCGCCGAGCCCUACGGCGUCUGCCGCAUCGUGCCGCCGCUGUCCUGGUCGCCGCCGAGGGCGCUCGACGCCUCCGCCCUCAACUUCCCCGCCAAGCGCCAGCCCAUCCACCGCCUCCUCGCCCGCCCCGCCCCGGCCGACCGGGACACCUUCCUCCUCGACUACACCCUGUUCCUCCGCGCCAGGGCCGACGCCGGGCCGCCGCGCCGGGGCCGCAAGCGGACCGCCCCGCCCAGGCCGCCCGCCCUCUCCGACGGCCGCCCGCUCGACCUCUGCCGCCUCUUCCAUGCCGUCAAGCGCUUCGGCGGCUACGACGGCGCCUGCGAGGGCCGGCGCUGGGACGACGUCGUCCGCCUCGUCGACGACAAGGCGCCGCCCCGUCACGUGCCCGAGUGCGCCAAGCACGUCCUCGCGCAGCUCUACUACGAGCAUCUCUACGACUACGAGAAGUUCACCAAGGACAGAUCCGCGUCGUCGCAGGGCGGGAAGCAGGCGGAUGCAAAGGUCGAGCUUGACAACCAGCCGUCGGUUUCUGGUUCGCGGGAUGAAGAGAUGGAUGAGGAGGAGGCUUCCGGCGUUAGCAGCAGCAGCGGCCGGAAGAGGAGAAAUCAGAAGGCCGCCGGAGUGGCUUCUAAUGAGCGCCAUGGUAACAACAACGGCACUCCCGGGAAAAAUGCAGGGUCUGCCGGGGCUCGCAAGCCGAAGAAGAGAAAGCUUGAUGCAGAGGUCAGCCAAGACGAUCAGGUCUGCGAGCGGUGUGACAGUGGGUUGCAUGGGGACGCCAUGCUGCUGUGCGACCGUUGUGAUAAAGGGUGGCAUAUGUACUGUUUAUCACCUCCGCUCGAGAGUGUGCCUCCGGGGAACUGGUACUGCUCGGACUGCAAGAACCCUGACAGUGAUUGUUUCGGAUUCGUCGAAAGGAGGAACACCUGUCAGCUUGAUGCUUUCAAGCGAUUUGAUGACAAGGUGAGAAGAAAGUGGUUUGGGCCAAGACCUCCUAGCCGUGUUCAGGUCGAGAAGCUGUUCUGGGAGAUUGUGGAGGGCAAGGCAGGGGAGCUGGAGGUUAUGUAUGGGAGUGACAUUGACACUUCGGAUUACGGAAGUGGGUUUCCUCGCCUUGGCGAUCCGGUGCCAGCAUCAGUGGAUCCAGAGGCGUGGCAGAAGUACUGCUCCAGCCCUUGGAAUCUCAACAAUUUUCCCAACCUGCCAGGUUCAGUUCUUCGGACCGUCAAGGAUAAAAUUCCUGGUGUAAUGGUCCCGUGGCUCUACAUGGGGAUGCUGUUUUCAUCAUUUUGUUGGCAUGUUGAGGACCAUUGCUUUUAUUCAAUUAAUUAUUUACAUUGGGGCGAACCAAAAUGUUGGUAUGGGGUACCUGGAGCGGAGGCUAAUGCUUUUGAGCGGGUCAUGCGCAAGGCUUUACCUGAUCUAUUUGAUGCACAACCUGACCUACUAUUUCACCUCGUCACAAUGCUGAAUCCGUCAGUUUUACAAGCAAAUGGUGUUCCUGUUUACAGUGUCAUGCAGGAGCCUGGCAACUUCGUGAUUACUUUUCCAAGGUCUUACCAUGGUGGUUUCAAUUUAGGUUUAAAUUGCGCCGAGGCUGUUAAUUUUGCUCCUGCUGACUGGCUGCCUCAUGGUGGAAUUGGAGCUGAACUGUACCGUAUGUACCGAAAGGCACCUGUUUUGUCCCAUGAAGAGCUUUUGUAUGUGGUCGCAAAGAACGGUGUGGACAAUAAAUCACUUUCCUACUUAAAAGAAGAAGUUGAGAGGGUAUUUGUUAAAGAGAAAAAAUGUCGAGAGGAGCUAUGGAUUAAUGGGAUUAUCAAAUCCAGUCCAAUGCAACCAAGGAGUAACCCAAACUUUAUUGGAAAUGAAGAGCACUGGAAGCACCUUUGUGAAUGCAGUCCAGAGAAGCGUCGCUUACUUUACCGCCACACCCUUGCAGAGUUGGGUGAUUUAGCUUCCGAGGUCAAGGCUAGUCUCUCAGGGGAGAAUGUUAAGCAGAGCCCCUUGUUGCUUAAUGACAUCCCCACGCCAUCUAAAAAGGGCAAAGAUCAGCAUAUGUCAUAUGCACAACUUGCUAAGGACUGGCUUUCAAAAUCUGAUCAUAUUCUCCAUAUGCCAUUCUUGGAUACUGCAUAUUCCACUGCCUUGGAAGCUGCUGAACAAUUUCUGUGGGGUGACCAUGACAUGGACUCUGUUCGGAACAUGGCACUAAAAUUAACCGAGGCUAAAAGAUGGGGUCUGAGUGUUAGAAAUUGCCUUUCCAAAAUCGAUGAAUGUUUGCUUCGUAAAGACAAGUGUUCUGAGAAAGUAAAGUAUGUGGAUAUCGAAGAAUUAGUUGCUGUGAGAUGUGAAGCAUCCAGUGAACCUGGUCUUGCACAGCUGCAGGACUAUGCAGAGAGAGGAAAAAUGCUGAUUAGUGAAAUAAACAUUGCAUUAUCAUCCUGCUCAACGGUUGACCACUUGGAAGCGCUGUACUCUCGGGCUUCUGAAUUCCCUGUCGAGCUAACUGAAACAUCAAUGUUGUCUUGUGAGAUUUCUUCUGCAAAGUCUUGGUUGAAGAAAGCACGUGAUUUACUUGAAGUGAAUAAACUGGGCGUCAUUGACAUAGAUUGCCUGAAUACUCUGAAAUUAGAGAUGACACAACUUCGAGCUCUAGUUCCAGAAGUUGAUCUUGUUUCAAAACUGUGGAAAGAAGCUGAAUCAUUGAGAAUGCAGUGUCAAUCAUAUCUCCAAGACUCACCUGGUCUAAAGGAACUGGAGAGUUUCCUCCUUGCGUUGGAUGGUACCAAGUUCAACAUUCCAGAGCUGAACCUUCUUAAGCAACGUUAUUCAGGUGCUUGCUCCUGGGCAAGUCAUGUUAAUAGCAUGCUCACAAAACUUUUUGAAAGGAAUGAUUACCACAACAUUGUUGAGGAGUUAACAGCCAUUCUAAAGGACGGCAAAUCACUGAGAGUAAAAGUGGACGAACUGCCAUUUGUUGAGAAAGAACUAAAGAGGUCCUUCUGCAGGAAGCAAGCAUCCGAGGCUCUUGCAACACAAAUGUCCCUGCAGUUUAUUAAAGAAAUUCUGAUACAAGCCUCCAUAUUAACUAUUGAAGAGGAGCAACCAUUUGUUGGUCUGUCGGAGGUGCUAAAAAAUGCCACUGCUUGGGAAGAGAAGGCUCGACGUAUGCUUGAGCAGUCAGCUUCUCUCUCUGAGUUUGAGGAUCAUAUCCGGUGGUCAGAGGAUAUAAAAGCUAUACUUCCAUCUGAACAAGUUAUGAAAGCAGAGAUUAUUGCUGCUAGGUUGUGGAUGGACAAAUGUCAGGCCUAUCUGAGACCUAGAUGUGAUAGACUUGGAUUUGGAGUUUGUCUUAAAGUUGAUGACUUGAAGGAUUUAGUCUGUCAGCCUGCAACUAUGAAAGUCAUUCUCGACACUUCUGCACUUAAUUCUGUUCUCAGUAAUAUUGAAGAGUGGGAAAAGAAUUCACAAAGUCUGCUAAGCAGUUUAAGAACCCUAGUGCAUUUGAAUGUGAUCGGCUCUACAGUUGACCCACUUGAAAGAGAUUUGGAGGAGCUGCAAAGUAAAAUUAGUGCAGAAAUAGAAAGUGGAUUAUCUCUUGGUUUUGAGUUAAAGGUUCUUAAUGAAAUGAAAGAUUCUUUGGUGACACUUGGAUGGAUGUUGACAGCACUAUCUUUCUGCUGCAGGAUUCCCUUGUUAGAGGCUGUUGAUCGAGCAAUUGAAGAAGCUGUCCACCUUCCUGCAUCAUUGUCAAGCUGCCCUUUAGCUACAUUGUUGAUGAGCGGAUUAUCUUGGCUAAGGAAAGCACUUGUUUUGCUUCCUGGUUCUGAAAACUCUGUAAAAUAUAGACUGGAAGAUGUCGAAAAUGUUUUGGCAGAACAUCAGGAAAUUGCUGUCCCUUAUUCUAUGAUGACUGCCAAGCUCGAGGAUGCUAUAAACAAACAUAAGUCAUGGACAGAGCAAUGUAAUGCCUUCUUUAUGUCGCGUGAUCACCAAUCCUGGACUGAACUACUAAGGCUCAGAGACAGUGGCCGGUCUGUUGCACUUGAUUGUUGUGAAAUGGAUAGGGUUGUUCUUGAUAUUAAAAAGAUUGAUGGGUGGUUCAAUCAGUGCCGCUGUACUCUUUCUCCUGAUGUCAAUGAUAAUGGUUCUUUACUCUCCAUUCUCCUGAAGAUCAGAGGAUCAUUGGACAACGCUUCUAUGUUAUAUGCUGAGGAUUGUAAGAGGAAAGGGUUCUGUGUCAUCUGUUCAUGUGACGUGGGAGAUGAUGUAGCCUCCAGAUGUGUAAUAUGUCAAGACUGGUACCACAGCUCUUGUGCCGAACCACUGCUUGCUUCUAAACGAACAACCACUGAAUAUAUUUGUCCAUUUUGCUUCUGUUUAGAAAGCGGGGAUCCAUUAGAGAAAGGAAUACAAGAGAAGAUCUCUAAAGGGAACCGUCCUGCUCUUAGUGCACUUAGUGAACUCCUCAGUUCUACAAAGGGUUUCUACACAGGAAUUGAGGAGUUGCAUUUGUUGGAGGAAAUUAUCAAGAAGGGUUGUGACUUUAAGUCCUCUUUGGUGCAAAUUUUGCAUGACGUGGAUUCUUGCAACGGGAAUGAUCUUAGUGUGAUGUGCAAACCUCUUCUGGUUGCUCUAAAGGCAACAUCAGCUGCUGGCUUAUAUGAUCAGCAGAUCAACCGUAACAUUGAGUUGGUAUUGAACAGAUAUAUAUGGAAGAAACGAAUUCAUAAAAUCUUGUACGGUGGAAAAAAGGCAUCGAUCCAACACGUGAUGCGCCUUGAUAAAGAGGGUUCAAAUUUAGAGAUAUCUGGUGAAGAUUUCUUCAAGUCGCAGAUUUGGGAAAUAAAGGAAACCAGUCAGCAGUGGCUAGCCAAAGCAGGAAAGGCUGCGUUUGAUUGUGGCGAGCUUCCACUUGAUCUUGUUUAUGGACUUAUUGUUCAAGGGGAGAAUCUAUCUGUACACGUCGAGAAGGAACUGAAGUUACUCAGAGAUCGGAGCAUUCUUUAUUGCAUUUGCCGCAAGCCAUAUGAUAACAGGGCCAUGAUAGCAUGCGAUCAGUGUGAUGAGUGGUAUCAUUUUGAUUGUAUCAACUUGUGUGGCCCCCCUCCAAAAACAUUCUAUUGUCCUGCUUGCAGUCCUAAUAAUGGCGAAGGGUUUAUAUCGCUUCCCCGGUCAGCCAGGGAGGAGGAUAGAUCAAGCGCCGAAGCAGGACCUCACACUCCUCCAGCAUCUGGUGACGAACCAGAAACUGUGGAGGAUAAUAAGUGUAACAGCAGCAACACACGGGAGAAAUCCCAGGUUAGGGUAGAUUUGGUAAAGCUUCUGCGUCAAGAUAGCGAAAUAGACAACACGUGGCGGGACAGCAAAAGGAUUCCCCACAGAACAGCCAGAAGACGUAGCGAUUUCAUGGGACAUUCCCAAGACAUUUCUUCCCCUUUUAAAGGCCCUAAUUUGUAGCGUGUACAAAAUCUUCUUCAGGCUAGCUUUUUUUCCCUUUCCAAUUCUUUCAUGUGCUUAUGGCUGAUCAACUUCUGAAAACGGCGGGUUUGUGCCACCAGUUUUGAUCCUGCCAUCAGUUGUAGCUUGCCAGAAAUAGCCUGUGCUGGUUAGUGGUAGCGUGACUAGCGCCGCACUGGUUUUCUUUUUACCCCAGUAACCAAUACAUGAUUCCUGUUAGGGCUCGACGGUACAUCCAUUGUGUAUGAUGUGUAAAGGUUCGAGCUGUAGGACAUUUGUUAUUAGCAUUCCUGUAAAAGCAAAGUGUACUCAUUCCCUUGGAAGAAAAGUUAAUUUCUUAAUAGAAGAUCAAGUUGGAUUUGCAUU